GUUGUUACUCUUAAACCCGUACAAAUCCUAACCAAACCGGAGGCCCCAGCUCAAUCCUCAAUAACACCCACACAGCCGGAGUCUUUGAAACACCAGGAGGUGGUUGCAGCUCAGCAGCCAAACCCUACAGUUCAAGAGGUCCCAGUUCAGCCUGAAGAAAUUCUUAAGGAACCUUCUCCAAGCCAGCAAGAGAAUUUAAAUCCUCAUCAAGUACCCACAGCAGGUGCUGAACCAACCCAAGAGGAAUAUGCAUUGCCAUUUCCAGAUAUUGAUGAUGCUAUUUCAACAACAUAUCCACCACUAUUCAGAAGUCAGCCUUUAAGCGUGCCUAAAACCACACAGAAAUCCGUGCAUAUUGUACUUACCAUAGGCUCAAAGGCCACUUCCCAAGUUUAUCCUUCCCCUAGUCAGCAGAAGGGCCCUGCUAAGCUUAGAAUUUCCAUUGGGAAAGUUAGCCAGCCUUCCCAGGCUUCAAAACUGCCUGAAAAGGUGGAAUCUUCUCCCGCUGAGCCUCCAAAGAAUCUCCAGAAGGUGAAAUAUUUCCCAAUGCAACAAGAAGUUCCAGCUAACCCACAAGACUUCCCUAAGGAGACAGAAUUAGAUGCAACCCAGCAGGAGUUUAAAGCUCGGCAGCCAAAUCUGUCCAAAGUCACAGUUCCACCUUUGGAUGUGGUACUUACUGUAACUCCACAACCUAUUAUUACGACAGGUGAACUUCCUCUAAUCAUGCAGAAGACCCAAACUCCAGGGACAUCCAAGGAGGGUACAGGUCAACCCUCACUAUAUCAGAAGGUGACACUUGCCACACCAGCUAAUAACAAACCUCAGUAUCCAAUAGCACCCAGUAUUCAACCUUUGGAUCUAGAGCUUACUGUAACUCCAAAACCCACUACAAAGGGAGAACUUUCUACAUCAAUGCAGAAAACCCCACUUCCGCUCACAGAAGCACCUACAGGGGCUACAGCUCCAACAGCAGGUCGGGAUCAAGCUCAACCUUCAGGAUCAUCCUACGUCACAAUUCAAUCUUUGAAGCCAUUACUUAAUACUACAGAACCUUCUGGAGAGGGUGAGCAACUUACAGCCCUGAACAAAACUAACACUCCACACGCAAAUCUAACUCUAGCCACGACUCAACCUUUGGACCUGGAAAAUACUGUUACUCCAGAAACCAGCAGUAUGGCAACUGAAACCUCUGCAAACACACAAGAGGCUUCAAUCCAACCCCCUGAAGAAGGUACAACCCAAUAUCCAACCACAGUGCAGCCUCUGAACACAAUGCUUACCAUAACACCAAAACCCAUGAUGAAAGCUGACCCUUCUAUAGCCCUGAAGAAGACUACAGUACUCUCUCCAACGUACCAGGAGGCAGCACUUUCGAAACCUGACCAAGUUCAGGCUCAGCCCCCAAACCUGACAGAAGUCACAGUUCAGCCUUUUGACCUAGAACUUACCUUAACUCCAGAACCCAAUGUAGAAGGUGAACCACAUUCAACGAUGGAGGAAGCUACAGCUCAGCCUCCAAAGCCACCUACUGAAGUGGUGUAUCAGCCUCCGGUUUUUUAUGAAAUGGCAGUUCCAAAACCAAGUGAAAAUCAAACUCCAGUGUCACCCAAUGCCAAACUUGAACCUUUGAAGCUAGAAAUUAUUGUAACCCCUACACAGCCUGGACAUUCUACCGACUUGACAGCUGCAUCUCCUUAUCCUUUUUCAAUGUACCCACAGGUGACACUCCCAGAGACAGACCAAAUUCAGAUGCAGCAUACAAACCUGCCACAAGCCACAGUUAAGCCUCUGGACCUGGAAGUUACCAUAAACCCACAAUAUACCAAAGAGGUUAAACCUUUUACAAAUGUGCAGAUGACCCGAACUCAGCCUCCAGAGCUGCAAAAGGUUUCCACUCAAUCCCCAGUAAAUAAUGAGAUGACAGUUCCAAUUCCAGGGUCUGAUCAAGCUCGGCAUUCAAUAUCACCCAGUGCCACAAUUCAGCCUUUAAAUACGGACCUUACCGGAACUUCAGUGCCUGCUACAAACCUGAAGAGAACGACAGGUCGGCAUUCAGAUAAGGUUCAGACUCAGCGCCCAAAUCUACCUAGAGUCACAGGUCAACCUUUGAGCGGGAAACCUACUACAGCUCAAUAUCCUGUAAAUUACACCCCAGAAAACACUGCGUAUGUACAAAAGCAACAGAACACCACCAAAAACUUGUGUCAGAUAUGUAGCUGCAAAGAUCAGACACUUUCAUGUGUUGGUCUCAGUCCAGCGCAGAAGCUCAGCGAAAUUCCCGUACCGGAGGCCGGCACCUACAAUGCCACCUUCAUCACCUUAAAUUUCCAAGGAAACUCUAUUUCUUACAUCGAUGAAAGUGUAUGGAAAGCAUACCGUUGGGCUGAGAAAUUAAUCCUCAGUGAAAACGAGUUGACUGAGUUACAUAAGGACACAUUUGAAGGUCUGACAUCCAUCCGGCAUUUAGAUUUAUCCUGCAAUAAAAUAGAAUUUAUCGAAAGACGUGCAUUUGAGUCACUCCCUUUUGUGCAGUCUAUAGAUCUUCGUUGCAAUUUACUCAUAAAACUGAGCUUUGGGACAUUUCAGGCGUGGCAUGGAAUGCAGUUUCUGCACACCAUAAAUCUCAAUCGUAAUCCUCUGACCAAUGUUGAAGAUCCUUAUCUUUUCAAAUUGCCAGCAUUAAAAUAUUUAGACUUAGGAACAACCCAAGUGACGCUCACCACAGUCGAGAACCUCCUCAUGAUGACCCUUCAACUGGAAAGCCUGAUCUUGCCUAGCCGUUUGGCCUGCUGCCUCUGCCAAUUUAAAAACAAUAUCGAGGUGGUGUGCAAGACAGUCAAGCUGCACUGUGACAGCGAAUGUCUGGCAAAUACUACACAUUGUCUUGAAGAAGCAUCUAUUGGAAAUCCAAAGGGAACAUUCAUGAAGAUACUGCAGGCCCGGAAGACCAACACUAGCAAGGAACUGAUUAUUGAGCCAGAAAAUCUGUUAUCAGGAAAAAUUAGCAUGGACCUUCAAGGCUCCAUGAACGAACUGCAAGACUUUACUAAUGAAAGAGACGGUCUUGGCGCACUCAAUUACGUUCUGCCUUACUUCUUGGAGGAAAAUCUACAAAAUGUAGAAUCAACAUUAUUACCACUCAUUAAGCUGCUUUCUUCAAAUGUGCAAGAUGGAGACAAGUCCCUCAGCUUUGUGAAAACCCACAUCAGGAAGCCCUUUCCUUACAAAAACAAACGGAAAAGGCUCUAUUUUCUCGAAAAAAUGCAACAAAAAACAAAUCAGGCUAAAAAGGAUAAAAAAACUGCCAAGCUAAUGCAGUCUACCCUGUUAGGUCCCAAAUUUGAGCGUCAAAUUUUCCUAAGGGAAUCCAAAACUGCUCCAUCAGAGGAGAGCAGCCUGGAGGCCAUUCCAGGCGGAGAGCAAAGGAUGCAAAGAGUGAAAACAAUUAUCCAGGGGCCAAAGGGCUUGAGGAAAAGGCGCCGGCAGCAGAGGCAGAAGCAGGGCCUCAGCAGGAGGCAGAGCACACAGGGGUCUGUGGAGAGCCUGGCAGAAGGCAGGCUGCGAGGAGCAGACCCCCGCGCGCUGCAGGAGCUUCCUCCACUGCAGAAGCCUCGGCAGCUGGAGGGAAACGGCUUCCACAGGGAGCCCUUGCUCACAAAGGAGCACAAGCUGAAAGUCUCCCCUCUCCUCAAAAAAUAUAUCAUCAGCAGGUCCUCUACCCGCUCUGACGAAUCUCUCUCUGAGGCCAAAAAGAAAGAAAAAGUCUUAACUGACACCAUUUUUGUUUUAGAAGAUGCCAACGCCAGAACAAAAAACGAGCUUGGAAAACCAAUCUCACAUGCCCGGCGCGUUCAUAAAACUCGCUCACAUCCGGUCCUCAGGACUCCCAAUGCCAAACCGAGCCACAAGUCCAGGAGAAAAAAUCCCUUCCACAGGCUGAGGUCUGCCAAGAGGCCUCCGUUCCCUGCAUUGAGGAGCCUCAUCAACUCCCCUUCACGGGAGGAAUCCUCAUCUCCAGGGGACCUGAGUUCCCAGGGAAAUCCUUUCCCAGAACCUUCUAUAGAAAACACUGGUGAAGAAAACCAUCUUGUAGGAAAUGCUUUCGAAGGCAACGUGUUAGGAGAAAACACUACGGGGCCUGAAGAAACCUUCCGCAGCAACACCAUCCUUGAGCAUCCCUUCAUUGCAGAUCCUGCUGGGACCAUGUUCAAGGUAACUCCAACUACUGAACAAGACAAUGAAACAAACUGGGAAUACCCCAACCUGGACACUGGAGCCCCCACCACGCCCAAAGAUCUCACCUACCCUUUGAUGUUAUCCAAGGGGGAGCAGCUUGAAAUUCAGCUAAACCAGCAGCUACAGUCCCUCAUUCCCAACAGCGAUGUGAGAAAGCUCAUCUCUACAGUUAUCCGGACUCUGAAACUUGACUGCGCUGACCCCCGUGUGCGACUGUCCUGCGCCAAGCUCAUCUCCAUGACGGGCAUCCUGAUGAAGCUCCUCAGCGAGCAGCAGGAAGAAAAGGUGGCCAACGAGCAGUGGGACGUGGACCAACUGAGAACGGACACGUACAUCAACGAGAGCGAGGAAGCCCUGGGUCAGCAGGAGCAGAAGGCAGACGAGCUCAAAAAAGAAGCUCCAGCACAUGCGUAUCACAGCAAACUCAUCCUGGCAGUGUCUGUGACGGCAAGUGUCAUGCUACUGGUUAUCAUCUUCUGUCUCAUUGAGAUUUACUCUCAUAGAGUGACAGCAGAGGAAGAUAUAGAAAAAUCUUCGUCGGGCCUUUCGCAACGACCAUCUAGGACACGCUCAAAGAAUGAGGGCUUCUUCCGGCUAACGUGGCUCCUCCCGAUGAAGCGUCUGUUCAGGUCUUUUGGUGCCAGACGCAAGAAAGCCAAGGACUCUAAGCCCCCAGAGAAGACUGAAAACAAAGAGCUUUCCGAUACGGAUGCUGGAGAGUUCAGCGAGGUUCCUGCUGAGAAGACGCCCCCUACCGAGUCGGCGGCGGAAGGUGAAGGCGAAGGGGAGAACGAGGUCCCGGAGGAGCGAACCACCAACUUUUUUUUCUAA